AUGGUGUUGGGUCUACGAACAAAGAGCCGUAGAGACAAUGGAGUAUUCCUUGAGUAUCUCAUCUCCAUCAAGGAGCUAAAGCCAUGGCCAACAAGCCAAGUCCCCGCACAAUGCGUCCUUCUCAAAUGGGAGAACGGCGAAAACAACUCAGGUUCGUUUAUCGCGGUCGUGGGCAAAGACACGAUCAUGUUCAACGAAUCCUUUAGGUUGACCCUAACAUUAGAACCGAAAGGUGGGUCCGACAUGAAGUUCCAAAAGAAUCUUCUGGAGCUUCAUGUCUACGACGCCAAGAAGAAAGACAAGGCCGUCAAGAACAAGCUGCUUGGCACGGCCGUGGUCAACCUCGCUGAGUACGGCGUGUUGACCAACUCUGUUCCCGUGGGAGCUCCUUUUACAUUCAAGAAGAGCUCGAGGAACGACGCAAGCUCGGAGGUUUACCUAACGAUUGAACCGGCAGGAGAUGAUUACGAUGAAGGUGGACGGAGUAGCUGCUCGUCGCAGCCGAAGAUGAGAGGAUCUGUGGACAAAGAAGGAAGUGAGUUUAGUUUGGCGUCAUUGACGGACGACGACGAUGAUACUUCGUCGCAGUCGUCUUCUACACGGAGAGUCUCUUUCUCAGCUGUGUGUGAUGCUAAUUCAAAUGGCUUGAACACGGAGGCGGGAACUAAAGGAGAUGAGAAGAAAGGUUGGAAGCAUGUAACGCUUAAGCACAGUAACAAUGAAGCAGCGCUCGUCUCCGAGAUCGAGAGUCUAUUAAGAGAAGAAGAGAAGAAGAGACAGAGCAAUCAAGUAGUCAUUGUGAGCUCAGAGAGUGAACAGAAACACAAGGAUGAUACAAAUGCCUUUAAGCUCAAGAAACAGUUCUCUGAGAUCAACUCUGUUCCUUCUUCGUUACCUCCCGACGCAGCAAGAAAACAGAUGAAACUUCGGACAAACACUCUUGCCUUAGGAAGAAAGACCCUCGGAAUGGAAGGUGUUCCAAGGCUUAAGCAGCUUAAGUCUAUUCAGUUGCAUUUCAACGGAACCAGUGAUGAUACUCACAAAAAGGCAAGUGGAGUGAGCAACAACAAGCUAGGUUUAACUUCACAGGAGCCUAGGUCAGAGACGCUUGAAGAUGAGCUUAAGGAAGCAGCAGUUCUUGAAGCAGCUGUUUACUCUGUAGUCGCUGAGCAUAGUAGCUCAAUGGGUAAAGUUCAUGCUCCAGCUCGUCGUCUUGCUAGGUUUUAUAUUCAUUCUUGUAAAGGAAAUGGCUCAUCAGAUCAUUCUAAGAGAGCUUGCGCGGCCAGAGCCGCGGUUUCUGGAUUGAUAUUGGUUUCUAAAGCAUGCGGAAAUGAUGUUCCCAGGUUGACCUUCUGGCUCUCAAAUUCGAUCGUACUUAGAGCAAUGUUAAGCCGCAGUAUGGAGAAACUUAACAUUGGCUUUGAUAAAGCCGGUUCAGAUGAAUGGGAAGAUCCUCGAGCAUUCAUAGCUGCUUUGGAGAAGUUCGAGUCCUGGAUAUUCUCUCGGGUUGUUAAAUCAGUUUGGUGGCAGAGUAUGACGCCGUAUAUGCAAUCUGGGACGGUUAAAGGAUCAUCGAUCACGAGGAAAAUAUCGGGAAAAAGACGGUUAGGUCAUAAGAACCAGGGACUCUAUGCCAUAGAGCUAUGGAAGAAUGCCUUUAAAGCUGCCUGCGAAAGACUUUGCCCACUAAGAGGUUCAAGACAAGAGUGUGGUUGCCUACCUAUGCUUGCUAAACUGGUGAUGGAACAGUUAAUCAGAAGACUUGAUGUGGCAAUGUUCAAUGCGAUACUUCGUGAGUCAGCAGGCGAAAUGCCGACAGAUCCAGUCUCUGAUCCAAUCAGUGACAUAAAUGUUCUUCCAAUUCCAGCAGGAAAAGCAAGUUUCGGGGCGGGAGCACAGCUAAAAAACGCGAUUGGAACUUGGUCCAGAUGGCUUGAGGAUCAAUUCGAGCAAAGGGAGGAGAAAUCUGGAAGCGAUAAUAAAGAGAAUCCUGAAUCUGAAAACUUCAGAUUGUUCCAUCUACUCAACGCGUUGGGCGAUCUAAUGAUGCUUCCUUUCAAAAUGCUUGCAGAUAAAUCCACAAGAAGAGAGGUUUGUCCAACCCUUGGUACACCAAUAAUAAAGAGAGUACUUCGAAACUUUGUCCCAGAUGAGUUUAACCCGCAUAGAAUCCCGAGAAGGCUAUUCGAUGUUCUGAAUUCCGAGGGCUUAACAGAGGAAGACAAUGGAAGCAUCAUAGUCUUCCCUUGUGCUGCGUCACCCACGGUCUACUUAAUGCCGACUGUAGAUUCCAUAAAACGCUUCAUAGGAGAGAUGAACAACCCGGCUUUAUCAGAAACCGGAUCAUCCGUGUUUAAGAAACAGUACACGAGUGACGAUGAGCUCGAUGACUUAGAUACAUCCAUUAACUCCAUAUUCUCUGCUCCUGGAACAACCAAUUCAUCAGAGUGGAUGCCAAAAGGAUAUGGACGCAGAAAGAUUGUAAGAUAUCAGCUCCUUAGAGAAAUAUGGAAAGAAGAUGGAUUACAUUGA